UAUUUCCAUAACGAAAAAAAUAAAAAAGGGAAAUAUAUUGUAUUUUACGUGCACUUAGUGGAUUUCGAAAGAUUUCGAUGUUUUUUACAUGAAAGAAAGAUAAAAAAAGAAAGAAGAGAAGAAGAGAGCGAAAUAUUUUUCAUUUCUUCUCAUUCCUUUGUUUCACUUUUCGAUAAACUGAAGUAAAAAGCGUUCGAAAAGAUAUAUUUAAGGAAACAAUUAAUUUUACGAAACUUGAAGUUAAAUAAGUCGGUUAAAAAAGUGAAAUAUCGUUCUGAAUGUUUAAGAAUAACUGUGUGGUGUGCGAUAUAGGACAGUGAACUUGAUAGAAAAGUGAAAGGAGAUAAUAAAAAGAAAAAAAAAUAAAAAAAAAAAAGAAAAAGAGGAAGAAGAAGAAGAAGAAGAAACGCUAAAUGCGGCCGAGAGGUAGAACUCACUAUGCAAGCUCGUGCCGGAAGUCGAUGGACUCGCGAAGCUGACGAAAGCUCAUUCGUUUAGGCCCACAAAUUCGAAAGCUCUACGGCAGCAUUCUAGCAGCAUUAUCGAGUCCACUUCAGUAUAUCCUCGAGUUCUCGUAUCACCAUCUGACACAUUGUAUCCGAGCAUUUCACAUUUUCUCAUCCGUCUUUUUUACUCAUCCACGAGAUCUCUAUUUCCUUUCAUUCAUCGUGCUUAAAACACGCGAGCUUUGCUUUUCAACGAAGCUACAACUGGGAAAUGGCGCAUCUGCGAAAACCGAUGAGACGAGAACAUUACAAAGCUUUUGGGAGAAGAAAGGGCUCGGCGGACUCGAACUACUCACAGCCGAGCUCGGAUCUCUCGCUGGACGAGGAGAAGGAGAACUUACGACGUGAGAAAGAGAGGCAGGCCCUUAAUCAACUUGAAAAAGCCAAGGCGAAACCGGUAGCGUUCGCAGUGCGGACAAACGUGAGCUAUGACGGAUCUGCCGACGAUGAUUCGCCUGUCCAUGGCUCGGCUGUUAGCUUCGAGGUCCGAGAAUUUUUGCACAUCAAGGAAAAGUAUGACAACAACUGGUGGAUCGGGAGGCUCGUGAAAGAAAAUUGUGACGUCGGUUUUAUACCAUCCCCAGUGAAAUUAGAGGCACUGAGAUUGCAGGCUAGCGCAGCACGUGGUACAAAAGGUCUCUAUUCAGCACGAGGAGGGUCUUCAGGGAACCUUGGCGAGAGUGGUAUGCCUUCACGUGGUUCCACGCCACCUACACCAGGUGACGAUAACGAUAGCGUUGGAAACGUGAGACCGGGAAAGGCUACCUUGACAACACCUCCGGCCAAAGAAAAACGAAAGAAUUUCUUCAAGAAGCCGGAACCGACAACACCUUACGACGUUGUACCUUCUAUGAGGCCUGUUGUCCUCGUUGGACCAUCUCUCAAGGGCUAUCAGGUGACGGACAUGAUGCAGAAAGCACUUUUCGACUUUUUGAAGCAUCGAUUCGAAGGAAGGAUUAUUAUAACAAGGGUGAUGGCUGAUAUCUCAUUAGCAAAAAGAUCAUUACUAAACAAUCCCACCAAAAGAGCGAUCAUGGAGAGAUCGACAAGUAGAAGUAGUUGUUUGGCAGAGGUUCAAACGGAGAUCGAGAGGAUCUUCGAGCUAGCGAGGACGCUUCAGUUGGUAGUCUUGGAUUGUGAUACGAUCAAUCAUCCAUCGCAAUUGGCAAAAACCAGUUUGGCACCUACAAUCGUAUAUUUGAAAAUCUCAUCGCCCAAGGUCCUACAAAGGUUGAUCAAAACCCGUGGAAAAUCUCAGAUCAGGCAUUUAAAUGUUCAAAUGGUGGCGGCAGAAAAAUUGGCGCAAUGUCCGCCAGAAAUGUUCGACGUGAUCCUCGAUGAAAAUCAAUUGGAGGAUGCCUGCGAGCAUGUAGCCGAAUAUCUCGAAGCUUAUUGGAGAGCUACCCAUCCUCCGGUAAUUGCAGCGGUGCCACGUGCAAUGCCUGCACCUGAUGCACCAGUCGACGCGUUAACUCCUCGCGUAACACCAGGUGCCCAUCACGAGAGUUACUACGGCCACGAGCCAAGAGGUUCGUACAGUGGCAGCGGGCACAUGAGCAGCGGCACAAGAAGAUCACGUUUGGAAAGGAUGGAUCGUGAUCGUCUGGAUCGUGGCGAACAUGAUUAUGGUACGGAAGAGGAAUCAUACGUGGCUGAUUAUGGGAGUGUGUCGAGACGUCGCCAACAGCAAGACUCGCGCGCUCUUAACGCCAUUUAGGAGCUGGGGCCCCGGGGCCUGUCGCUACAGCGCUGUCCCUACCUGCGCACCACCGCCCUUUAGUGUGUGGGGUCGCAAACAACCCCUUGCGCUAAAAAAAAAAAAACAAACAAACAAAGAAGAAAAAUAAUGCAACAACAACUCUUUACGAGCUAACCGAACGUCCGAAGCACGCGGAGAGCGAGCCGAAUCUCUCUCUCUCUCUCUCUCUCUCUAUCUUUUUCUCACUCUUUCUCUCUCUCUCUCUCUCUCUCUCUCUCUUUCUCUCUCACUACCUAUCUAUUUAUCUCUAUCAUUGGGGGCUGUCAACGAUUCUCCUUUUU